UGCGAAUUCGGACGUUUUCGGCGGCGGUCGGGCUCGGUGGCGCGCGCGGUGUUUGGCGCACCGCGCGCACCGUUCCCUCAGUGUUCGCUGCGACUCGAAGUGGGAGGGACGUUGUCGUGUACGUUGGUAGAGACCGGCUGACGAUCCUGCGUCUCGUGCGGCAGCCCAGAGACUUUGUUUCUCUCUCAAGGAGGGACACAGUGCGAGCGUUCCCGCCGAACGAACGUGACGUAGUAGCGCGCGUAGUUCGGCGUUCGCCACCGAGUGAGAAAGAGAAGAACAUCGUCCUCGCAGACGAGAAGUGCCGCACGUUGCGCGCCGCAUUGUGUCACGGCGUUAUACGACGCACAAGAGUCGCCCGGCCGAGAAGGACAAGCAGGCGGAUCGAAGGGAAGGAGAGAGAGAGAGAGAAAGGGAGUGGGAGAGAGAGAAAGAGAGAGAGAGGAAGAGAAGGAGAGCCGCAGGAUCGGCGGAGAGACAGGUACCGGGUUGCCGCGGAGAAAGGAAAGACGCAAAGGAUCACAUAUUCGGACAACAUGGCCACCACGAUCGACGACCGGCAGGAGCUGUUGGAGCAAUUCCAAGCGAUCGACGCGAAUGGAGACGGCUUCAUCAACGUCACCGAGCUGCGUAACGCGUUGGACGUGUGCGGCUUCAAGAUGCCGGGCUACAAGGUGCGCCAGAUGAUCGAGGAGUACGACGACAAGCAGCAGCUGGAGCACAAAGGUCGGCUCUCGUUCGAGGAGUUCGAGAAGCUCUGCAAGGAGCUGAAGGCCAACGAACUCGGCUCCACGUUCAAGCAGGUCGUCUCGAAGAAGGAGAACCUCGAGACCCUGGGCGGCAUCUCCGAAGCGUCCAGCGAGGGCACCACGCACUCCGUCAGGCUCGAGGAACAAUUGGCGUUCAGCGACUGGAUCAACACCAAUCUGUCGCACGACCCUGACCUGAAGCACCUGCUGCCGAUCGACGCCGAGGGGAAGACACUCUACGAGAAAGUCAAGGACGGAAUUUUGCUCUGUAAAAUAAUCAACCACUCCUGCCCGGACACGAUUGACGAGCGAACCAUCAACAAGAAGAAUCUGACGUUGUACAAGAAACACGAGAACUUAACGCUGGCUCUGUCCUCGGCCCAGGCUAUAGGCUGCAAUAUCAUAAACAUCGACGCCCACGACCUCACGAAAGGUUCGCCGCAUUUGGUGCUGGGUCUGCUGUGGCAGAUCAUCCGAAUCGGUUUGUUCAACCAGAUCACUCUGGAGAACUGUCCCGGCUUGGCCACGCUUCUGCGGGACGGCGAACGCAUCGAGGACCUGUUGAAGCUCUCGCCAGAGUCCAUUCUGCUCCGAUGGGUGAACCAUCACCUGGAGAACGCUGGCAUCGCCAGAAGGUGCAACAACUUCCAGUCCGACAUCACGGACUCUGAGGUGUACACCUAUCUCAUCAAGCAGAUCGCACCUAGCACGACCGGCGUCACAUUGGAAGCGUUGAUGGAGCCGAACCACAUGUCCAGGGCGGAAAUCAUGCUUCAGCAGGCGGCGAAACUGGGCUGCCGCAGUUUCGUCACACCCAGCGACGUGGUGAACGGCAUCUACAAGCUUAAUCUGGCCUUCGUCGCCAAUAUGUUUAACAAUUAUCCUGGACUCGACAAGCCCGAGAGUAACAUCGAGGGUCUGGAGUCGCUGGAGGAGACGAGGGAAGAGAAGACUUACAGGAACUGGAUGAACUCAAUGGGCGUAGCGCCGCACGUUAAUUGGCUCUACUCCGACCUGGCUGACGGUCUGGUGAUAUUCCAGCUUUACGAUAUCAUCAAGCCGGGCACAGUGAACUGGAACAAGGUGCACAAGAAGUUUACCAAGCUGAGGAAGUUCAUGGAGAAGUUGGAGAACUGCAAUUACGCCGUCGAGCUAGGCAAGCAGAUGCAUUUCUCGCUGGUAGGCAUCGCUGGGCAGGACAUCAACGACGGAAACGCGACUCUCACGUUGGCGCUGAUCUGGCAACUGAUGAGAUCGUACACAUUGUCGAUUCUGACAUCCUUAGCUGGCACCCAGGGCAGCACUCUCGUCGAGAAGGAGGUUGUCCAGUGGGUGAACUCGAAACUGCAAGCCGCAGGGAAAUCCAGUAGUAUCAAGGGUUUCCAGGAUUACGCGAUAUCAGACGGCAAGGUCGUCCUCGAUCUCAUCGACGCCAUCAAGCCUGGUUCGGUGAACUACGAUCUCGUGAAGGAAGGAGGAACCGAGGGGGAGAGCUUGGACAACGCCAAGUACGCGAUAUCCUUGGCCCGGAAGUGCGGGGCGCGCGUUUAUGCGCUACCCGAGGACAUCACCGAGGUGAAGCCGAAGAUGGUGAUGACGGUGUUCGCCUGCCUGAUGGCGAUGGACUACGUACCCAACAUGGACUCGGUGAAGAACCAGCAAAACAACAUCAACAACAUGAACAACGGCCAAUAAUGUCGCGCCACCGACAGCGACGACGUGUCCCCAUCUGCACGUGCCGUCACACGUUUUGUACACAGCGGACUUUCGACUGGCGGCGGGUCGCACCUUGCGCUUCUUCCACGAGCGUAAUAACUGUAUAUACGUAGGCUAGGUUAGCUUGUUCUUUCGAAGAGAGUCUACUAGAGAAGAAUCCGUGAGACGAGAAGGGGAAGCCUCUGGCAAUCCCGACGACGACGACGAUGACGAUGACGACGACGACGACGACGACGAUGACGAUGACGAGAUCGGUUCUCGUGUCGCGAGUCUAUGGAUUCGUUCUCGCAUUCCAUCGUCGCCCGUGAAGCAACUGUGCCGCCGACAUAGGGGGGAUGCGGGAUGUUACGAUAGCCUGACUUCCCGACUACCUUCGUGCGACCGACCGGGCUGAUGGGCGGAAUUCGUAAAGAGGAACGAGAAGAAGACGGUGCGCUUUGCGUUACGUUCGAGCAAGGAAAUUGCGUUACCGUGAAUCUUGGAUACCUCGGUUAAGAAUUAUGUACAACAUCUCGAUGUAUAUUGAUACAUAUGCGUAUGUAUAACGAUUUCGUCAGCGACAAGGCGCCAUUAACGACACAUCUCGAAAAGUGCAAGAUUAUUCAAACAGGCGGCUUCUCGUAGGCGUCGAAACGCCAAGAAACGGCAACAUUGAAUACGACGUCUCGGAGUAUUCAAGGUUCACGAUAGAAGUCGAAUACUUCUUCCGUGCCGGACGUGUGUUUUUCUUAUCUCUUACAAUACUAUGUGGAAACCGCGCGCGGGCGCAAAUCGUCGUUGCCGCAUCGGAUUGCCGUUACACGAUCGCUCGACACUUUUCUACGACGUACGACUGAUUAUAUCGUGUCUUACCCGCGCCAAUGUGGGAUUCUCCUUCUCCGUUGUUUCCGCAUCGAUCAUAUCAGCCGUCACUCCACACCACUUGUUGUACCGUGCGAACAGAUUUAUACAAAUCGAUUUUAUACCGAGGGAAAGAACGCUUCGUCGCGCGCGCGAAGCGACCGGAUUGUAGAGAAGCACUCUAGGAACCGUCGCGAAAUAUCCCCGGAUUCCGGGCUAACGUUUCCACGCAUCCUCACAUCCACGUCAGGGUGCCUUCGAUGUUGAAUUGCAAGGCGAUCAAGAGGCUGUUCGCGAACGCGGGAGGAGGUGCAAUCAAAAUGUCGAAUAUCGAAGCACAAUAAGACAAGCGGUGAUCUCCCCCUCGAGAUGCCCCAUCCUCGAGGAAAACGCGGCCUCCGUCGAGAGGAGCGAAGCUGUCGGGGCACCCUGCCUGCGUGCAUUUUAACCGGACAAGGAUCGUCCAGCGCGUACUGGGUAUUCGGAGUACCCACCACAACGAGUCCAAUUACACGAAUUAUACGGUACAGUCGUAAAUUAUACACUUAACACGAAGUAUACAUACGUAUUUGAUAUAGCGGUAGACGUAAGAGAUUUGUGAUCUAUUUAACUGUUACUUUUUACACACACACACACACAAAAACUUUACACAGGCUCUCUGAAUCACACGCAGCAUGUCUAAGCUCGAGCGUGAUUCGCGCGCGAGCUUAGACCAAGCCUGCACCAAACUCUCAUAUCUCGUAUUCAUAUUUUACACGCGAUCGACACAUAUACAUACACACACACACACACAUACACACACAUACGAGGAAUUUUUCUACUACAUUCCGCGCGGCUCUAACUGAAGGGAAGGAAUCUUAGUUUCCGGGAUAGGGAAAGAAGGCCUUUUUAAACGCUUUGAAAUUUGCUGAUUACACGCUAUUAGCGCGAUAAUAUCCUCUGUGUCACUAAUCGUAUUAUAUAUUCGAGAAGCGUCAGUCGUCGAUGACGGGUCGAUGAUGCGCGCCGCCGCGGGUGACGAACCGAGAGCGGCCGGUCGCGUUUCGACGUCACGUGCGCGACGACGCAGAAAAGGAAUCAUUGUAAUCGUGCCAUUAUGAGUAGCCGAGGUAAAACGCGAUCCGACGUUUGUACGGUAUUUAUAAUCGAAUCGGAUUCAAAAAAAAGGAAGCAAGAAACGUACUUACCGCGCGUUUAACUCGCUGAACGCUGAAACGCUACGAAUAUACACACGUAUAUCUCCGCGGGAUUAACGGGAAAUAUGACUGAGAUUCUUUGCAGGAAAUUUGUUUUCAGAGCGUUGAACCCUACUUGAUAUUUUUUCGUGAAACUUGCAUUCGCGUUAAAUUUUAAACAUUGCUGUACGAGCAGCGGGCAAGAGGAGCGACGAAGUGGGGGGAGGCGAAGUGUGUCGAUGGAAAUUUCUUAGAAACGUAGCAUACUUUAGCGAGCGAUUGAAUAAGUUUCACUGACUUGAGCACCAAGACCGAUCAUUGAUUACAUAUUACGUACAGCUGCUAGGCUGCGUUGAUUGCGUUACGGCAGGAUUAUCUGUAUGCUGAAUGUGCAAGACGAAAAGUGCAAUGUGUGUGUGUUAUCGAUUUGUACAUAUAUUGUAUGUCGAUUCGUAUCGAUUGCCCAAUUUGAAUCACUUUGUUGUCGCUAGAUUGUCUUCUCAAGGUAUUUCUCUUUGCAUUAUCGCACCGAAGAAGGAAGGAACCGAGAUAGCGCUACGUGGACGCGUGAUUGCGACGGUAUUGAUUAAGCGUUGACGUGUAAUAUGUAAGCGGAUAAAGGGACAGAAACAUUGAGAGUGAGAAAGAGAGAGAGAGAGAGAGAGAGAGAGAGUGAGUGAGUGAGUGAGUGAGGAAGAGAGAAACGGAAUCACACACGAGACGGCGGGGGGGUUCCUCCGCGUCGGGUCGACGCGCGGGGUGUACGCGCGACUCUCCAAAAUUCUCGAGGGCCAUCUGCAAUUUGACUAAUUAGAACUAAGCACAUCGCUGAAUCGGUGAAGUAACUCUGCAAAUCCGCGCGAUCAUCAUUGUAUACGUAAAUUUCACGUAUAGA